CUGAAAUGCAAUGCGGAAAUAAAAAUUUUAUUGUGAUUUACGGCCACUGUCCACAAUGAUAAAAUUUUAUGCGCUCAUUAAAUGGGAAUAUUUGAAUAGGGAGUAAGGUGGCUCUUCCAAUAUAAGUGAUCCAUGCACCCGUGCAUUUGAAAUCAAUUUGCUUUGGACUCAAUAUUUGUCCGAAUGUAGGCGUGAGCUAUCUAAGUUACACUGGCGUACAAGUGUGCUGACUUUGGGAGGCUUUAAGUAAACGAACCUGUCUGACAGCGCUUGGACCUAGAAAAUGGAGGGCGGGUGACGGGAAAAAAAACACCUUCCAACUUUUAUGACAACUACCCGGGGUACAGAAGUUCAGUUUGUUCUGUAACUAUGGAGGAGAAGGAGAUUUUAAUCCCUGCAAGUGAGAGCCCAGUGACUGAGGCAGCCACUGCGCUAGGAGCAGCAUCGGCCGGCGGCGAGCCAUCAAUGCACCCAGCGGAGGCAGAGAGAAGAAGCGUCAGCGCGCCAGCGCUCUCUCUGCUCUACCCCUCCGCCGCGGCUCGUCUGUCUGCUUGUUGUCAUGGAGGAGCCAAGAUGGCGGUCCUGGCCUAUAGCCUAGGCAAACGAGAAAUAAAUCAGUAUUUCAGCGUGAAAAAUGCGAAAUUGGUAUCUCUUGUUGCGGUCAUUCUACUCACCGUGUUCCACACUGUCUCUCGGUAUUAUGGAGGUGGGGACACUUGUGAUUGGCUUCUCUCCAGCGGUCGGUUCCUGGGAGAAGGAGUCUGGCAGCCAAAUGGCUGUAUGAUGCACAGAUACAAGAGCGCUGAAGCAAAGAACUGCCUGGGCCAGAAAAGAGUGGCAUUUGUUGGAGAUUCCAGGAUCCGACAGCUUUUCUAUUCCUACAUCAAAAUAAUCAAUCCAGAUGUGAGAGAGGAUGGAAACAAGCAUGAGAACAUUCCUUUUGAAGACAGAAGUUCUUCACUGAAUGUGGAUUUCCUGUGGUAUGCAGAAGUUAAUGACUCUAUGAAGGAGCGUUUGAUAGCAUGGACCGAGGACACUACUGUAAAGCCAGAUGUCAUCAUCCUGGGUGCUGCUACUUGGUCCAUCAAGCUGCAUGGCGGCAGCGCAGAAUCGCUUCUCCAGUACAAAAGCAACCUCACCGCCAUCGUGCGCUUUCUCGAGAAGCUGGCCGAAGACAGCGAUGUCUAUUGGGUCCUGCAGGAUCCUGUGAACGAGGAUGUGCUGAGCGACAACAGGAAGAUGAUCACUAACCAGCAGAUUGACCUGUACAACGACGUGGCCAUCAGCACCCUGAAUGGCAGGGCCCGAGUGAAGAUCCUGGGGGCCUCCCGCCAUGCCGCCGCCGAGACCAUCGGCGAGUCCGUGGACGGGCUGCACCUGCCGGAGAGCACCAGGAAUGUGGGAGCCAUGGUGUUAAUGAACUCGGUGUGCAACAAGGUCCUGAAGCCGAUUGACGGCUCCUGCUGCAGCCCUCUCCCCCCGCCCAACGUCCUCCAGAAGCUGACGGCGCUGGUCUUCCUGGCGGCCAUGGCGGCGUUCGCGGCCCUGAACGCGCUGGGCUACAACAGGCACCGCAAGAGCAAGCUGGCAUCGGACGUGGAGAGUGGCGAGGAGAAGAAGCCGGCCUCGGCUGGGCCGGCAGGCGGCCUGAAGGCACCGCUGCUGGCCGUCUGUAAGAUGGGCCUGAUCAUGGCCUACUUCUACCUGUGCGACCGCGCCGAUGUCUUCAUGAAGGAGCAGAAGUUCUACACCCACUCCACCUUCUUCAUCCCGCUCAUCUACAUCUUUGUGCUGGGGAUCUUCUACAGCGAAAACAGCAAAGAGGCAAAGCUGCUUAACAGGGAGCAAACAGAUGAGUGGAAGGGCUGGAUGCAGCUGGUGAUCCUGAUAUACCACAUAUCUGGUGCUAGUGCUUUCAUCCCUGUGUACAUGCAUGUUCGAGUCCUGGUCGCAGCAUAUCUCUUCCAAACGGGCUAUGGCCAUUUCUCAUUCUUCUGGUUAAAAGGAGACUUCGGACUCUACCGAGUUUGCCAGGUCCUGUUCCGCCUGAAUUUCCUGGUGGUGGUGCUCUGCCUGGUGAUGGAUAGGCCGUACCAAUUCUACUACUUCGUCCCCCUGGUGACGUUCUGGUUCGCCGUCAUUUACGGCACGAUGGCCAUGUGGCCACAAAUACUUCAGAAGAAAGCGAACGGCAGUGGAGUCUGGCACCUGGCACUUCUACUGAAACUGCUCGGCUUGCUCUGUUUCAUAUGCUUCUUUGCAUACUCGCAGGGCUUUUUUGAGAGUGUUUUCUCCGUGUGGCCCAUAUCCAAGCUCUUUGAGCUGCAGGGCAGCAUCCAUGAGUGGUGGUUUCGGUGGAAGCUGGAUCGAUUCGCCGUCAUUCAUGGGAUGCUGUUCGCCUUCGUCUACCUGGUGCUGCAGAAGUGCCAGGUUCUCUCAGAGGGCAAGGGGGAGCCCCUCUUUUCAACCCGGAUAUCCAACUGCUUACUGUUCGUCUCUGUGGUGUCCUUUCUGACGUACUCCAUAUGGGCCAGCAGCUGCAAGGACAAGACAGAGUGCAAUGAGCUGCACCCUUACAUUUCAGUCGUACAGAUUCUGGCGUUCAUUCUUAUUAGGAACAUCCCUGGCUACGCCCGCUCUUUGUACAGCUCGUUCUUUGCCUGGUUUGGCAAGAUCUCCCUGGAGCUCUUCAUCUGCCAGUACCACAUCUGGCUGGCCGCCGAUACCAAGGGCAUCCUGGUCCUGGUGCCCGGCAACCCCACGCUCAACAUCGUGGUCAGCACCUUCAUCUUCGUGUGCGUGGCGCACGAGAUCUCCCAGAUCACCAACGACCUGGCCCAAGUGGCCAUCCCCAAAGAGAGCGGCGCCCUGCUGAAGAGGCUGCUGGGCGUGGCCGGCCUGCUGGUGGCCGUCCUGCUGCUCUCCAUGCGCGAGCAGGCCGGGCGCUGAGUGGGGUCAGCCGACUCCGCCCACCUUAGGCAGACCACGCCCCACGACGGGCGAGACACGCCUCCAAGCCGGACUGUUCAAGCAGCCACGAGGCUCUCGAAUCCCCCACAGGUGGGACCCUCUCAGAAGGGAAGCGACACACUGAAGAAGAAAAAGAAGAAAAAACACAAAACUCCCAACCUCUCUUUUUUUCAUUCGUUUACAUUGAGCUGUACAGGACAUUGACAUCAGAUUUACCUUCAUCACUAGGCAGUUCAUUCCAUGGUACAUCAAAGACCGCAGCAAAAAAAGUACAAGUGUGUGGCAGUACUUACCUAUAUCCCAGUCUAGUGUUCACACAGCAUGAAUACAUGGUGAGGAGGUGUACAGCUGUUGGCAAAAGCUCUUGCUGAAAAGGACUUUAAUAUGGAAAGUGACAUUACCUCCGUCCAUGAGGCAAGGUGGCAGUGUAAACGACGACCAUUAUCGGUACCAACAGCUCUUGCCUUUGCGCCGGACAGCGCAGCAGCAAAGCUCUGACAUAUUUGUUGGAUGUACAGUAUUUAAUGGUGUAAAUUACAGGUGUAUUUUUACAGGGUUAUUAUUUUUUUUUGCUUUGUGUUGGUUUUGUACACCCGAGACUGCUGUUUGGAAUGAAGAAUUGUACAGGCAUAUAUAUUUUUUUUAAGAUCCUGUAUUCUCCUAAAUAAUCUUGUCAGGCCAUGCUUAAAAUGCACUUUUAAGUUUCUCUGAAAGUCAGUCUGCGAAUAAUUUAUGGAAUUCACCUGAGGGGAAAUGACCACUAGUUAGCAUGUGCACUUGUUCUGAAGAAGACUUCUCUGUAGACCGCACCUGCAGUCUUGGCAGUCUGAUUAAUACUCCAUUAAUACUCCAUUGUUACCCCAGAUGAACGCUUAAAAGGCAGUAUCUUCACUGCCCUUAAUCCCGCGAACAAACGCCUGUGCUUCCUGCCUUUUACCGCCACGUAAUCCACCCACAUUUCCCAAUGCAAGCGGGCACUUACUUUCUGACAGAGGUCAGUUGAUUGGUAAGCAUGGGCGAGAAGGCGUAUUGCUUUUAAAUGAACUGCUGUACUCUGAAACGACCUGGGUGUGGACAGCUUGACAUGUUUUGGAAGCCGACUGCAAACGUUCGUGUUGCCAUGACUAGAUAGACCUGCGGAAACACUGUGGAAAUGUGAUAGACAGUGGAACAGGGAAGGGGCCGAUUUAGCUGCAAAUGCGGUCACCUUUCUCACAGAAAAGGCCAUACAGAGUUCCAGCGGCCAUGUCUUGCAAAAACACAACGGCCCAGAAUAAAUAAAAGCUCUCACUGCAGGGCCAUGUGUUAACUUGUGGUAACAAAUUUUAAGGAAGGCAACUUUUUGGGCCUAAACUUUUUUUUUGUCCGAUUUGUUUCUCAGAUUCAAGGUCAAGAAAUGUGACAUUGAGAUCAAAUUUGCACCCAUAUCACAACGUUCAGUUUUGACCUUUUUCAUAGUGCCAUCAACUGCUUUUGUCUCUUGUUUUUACUGACUGUUUGGACCGUGGCUGCUCUUAGCAUAACCUGUGACUCCAAAGUGAGGCAGGCUUAUGAACUUUCACUGCAACGUCCAGGCAUUUGUAAAUGUCUGCGCGUUGAGACAAAGUAGCCCGACUCCCUCCUCCCAAAAAACAGUUUGGCCUUGCUGGUAUAAGGCCAGUUACUUUUUGUCAUAACUAAAUUCGUUUCAAGCCGGAAAUUAAUAUAAAUAAAUAUCAAAAACGGCAUACGCUGCAAAACAAACAUCACUUUAAUUUGUUGUGGAAAGUCAAGUUAAAUCGUACCUUGAGUUUGCAAAGCCCAGAUCCCUGUAUUGUAGGUUAGACGUACCUGUCUGUUAAAAAAAAUUCUACUGAGGUGCGUGUAAAUUAGGGGCUUGUGAAGAGGAAUUGAAUUAAAGUUCUCUGUAAUUGGGUGGGUAUGGUUAGAGAUGUCUUUUUAUCAAAAAAUAAUUUGAGGAGGUACAAUUGA